UAGGUCAAAACUGUCAAUCAAAACUCAAAACAAACAUCAAACAAAACAUCUAUAUAAAAUUAGAAACCAUUUAGAAGUUAGAAAUAAAAAUCUUAAAAAACAUUAUGUGUACUAAAGUUAUUUACUAGCAGGAACCAUUUCAACUGUCAUGAUUUAAUUUAAUUGCGAAGUGCUAAUAAAGGAUUCCAUAAUGAUUGAUGUGAAAAGCAAAGUUAAUUCUUUUUUCAUUUUUAACUCUACUUUUGGACCAAGGGAGGGUGAAGAACUAAAAAGAAUUAUAUUUUUUCAUCCCAAUCAAGUGACACCUCAUGCUCAAAAAAUACAAGUUGGACUAUGUGAAGCAGUUGUUCAAUUUAUGACGACAUUUUCAACCGAACCAUGUGAGGCACUACAGACACAAACCAAGAGGUAUAUCUUCUACCAACCAGAGAAAGACUAUUGGAUGGUGCUGGUGGUAAGAAUACCCUAUGCAACCAAAGCUGCAACAGGAGCAGGCAAUGAAAAGAAAGACAUAAUAGAGCCUUCUGUGAUGCAAGAUUUUCUUGUGUCAGCAUAUAAAAUGUUCAGAAUGUUUAUAGGACCAAUGAAAGACAUUCCACCUGAAGAUAUUUAUGCCAAAUGUGAACAAUUCUUCACACCUUACAUAAUGUCAAGAAAUAUUCCUAAUGAUAUAACUAAUGUGAUACAAGGAAUAAACUACUUGCCUCUAGAGAAGAACUCAUUUUUCAAAGUAGUAUGCUUCAUAGAUCUACUAGAAAUCAAUUAUCCUGACUUCAAAUGUGUUUCUUUUGUCUACAAUGAUAAACUCAUUUGGAAUGGCCUAGCAACAAGUGAUAUGCUAACCUUAUACCAGUAUCUAGUCCAAACAUUGCUUCCGAAGCAAGUUGAGAAGGAGAUCCAAGGUGGCGCAGUGACGGCAGCGCAACGGCACGGCCGAUACAUAAGCCCUCCAGAUGGCAUUCGGAAUGCUGACGACUUACUGAAGCUUCACAAAGUAUACCUUAUGCGCGAGGAUGAUUCUGAAACUAAGCUGUACUACCUUGUUAUCUAUAGAACACUUAGUGCAACUGUUUGUUUCACUGUUGAUGUUAACACAACCCUCAGCAUAGAUACAUUCAGGGCUCUAGAUGCUUUCAUCGGACCACAACUGUCCACGAUAGCGUCCUCCAUAAGCGAGCAAUGCGCGCUCCAUGCGUUGCAAAGUGCACAGCUCUCGAAUACGGACCACAGCUUUAUAUAUUUCAACAGACUCAACUUGGCUUACAAAACUUCCUCACCAGGCAAUUCGUUAACACCAUCAACAGCAAUAAAACCAGAAGUUUUAAGUAUAAUUGCCGGUAUACACUCUGAAAGAAAAAGCCUAGGAAAUUAUGGUGAAAUUAUUAUCAAAACACCAGACGAAUAUUGGAUCUCUGGAAAAUCUUCGAAUGACAGAGAGUUUUAUGUUAUCAUUCAAGAGAAAAAUGCAAAUCUAAAGGAUAUAGCAGAUGAGGUAAGGAGAAUAUGUGAAGAUCAAAUGAAAGGCAUUUUCUUUUAUCCCAUGUGAAAAUUGUGAUUAUUAUUGUAUUGUAAUCAACAAAAAUCAAUGAAAUUAAAAUGAUUUUACUAUCUAUUGUUAAAGCUGAUAAUAUGUUGUGUAUAUUUAAAAUGAAAUGAAACAUUAUAUUUUAUGGUUAGAUAAAAUAAAACUGCUUUUUGUAAAGGCAACAAGUGUUAUACUUCUUUAUUAAUAAUUACAAAUAAUACAGAUAUAUCUUAUUUACAUUUAUUAAUAUAAUUAAUUAUAUAAGCCUGAUAAUAAACGAAUGCUAAUCUGUUGA